CAACCCGUUGCAGUCCAUAACCAGAACCCAAACGCUGAGGGUCUUCAGUUCUCUAAUUCCUGCACCGGUCAUAAGUUCAUGUGCAUACUGUACAUUUUUUUUUUAAAUUAUAAUUUAAAAUUAAUUAACCCUUAGGUUUAUAAAUUUAUUAUUUUAUUUUAUUUUAUUUGUUAUCUUUUAAAUAUUUAUUUCUAAUUUGUGAUUAGUGAUUAUUAUAAAUACUAUUUAUUUUAUAAAUAAAAUUAAUAUUCAAGUGUUUUUUUUUUGUGUAAUAAAUAACCGCAGUUUGAAUUUUAAUAAACGAUUAUUUUAAUUUAUAAUUAUUGAUCGGAUAAAUAAUAAAUAAAUUAAACAAGUUGAUAAAUUAGUAUAUAUAAGAAUUGUUUUCUAAAUAAACACGUGUUCAUUGUUUGUUUCUUCGUACGUUUAAAUGCUGGUGUAACUCCAAAAAAAAAUAAAACUUUAUUUGAAUAAAAUAAUUGAUGAAAAAUAAUAAUAAUUUUUUUAACCGGAAGUGAUAUGUAAUGUUGAAGAAUAAAAAAAUUUAGUACUCUAACAAGUGAUAAGGAUCAAAAUGGUUUCUCAAACAGACGAUACUGUUGUAAAAGUAGAAGAUGAUGCUACAGAGAAGAAAGAUGGCUGCUUGAGGCUGUUGCUAAGAUUUAUUUGUCUUUAUUGGAAGACGUUUAUUUUAUUACUAUGGCCACUGAUACUCCUGCCCUUGGUAAUAAUAAACAAUGAAAAAAUGUACAAAUGUUUGUAUGUCGUUGCGAUAAUGGCCAUGUACUGGGUCACUGAAAGUUUACCAUUGCCAAUAACAGGAAUGAUACCAAUAGUCCUCUAUCCGCUGAUGGGGAUUCUGGACACGAGUCAUACAUGCGAUGCUUAUAUUAAUGAUACGACAAUAAUGUUUUUGGGCAGCCUGAUUAUAGCUGUCGUAAUUGAAAAUUCAGGAUUACAUAUGCGAGUUGCAUUACUUAUCAUUAAACUUAUCGGCUGCAGCCAUCGGAAAUUAAGUCUUGGUCUUUUUUACGUGACGAUGUUCAUUUCAAUGUGGAUUUCAAAUACUGCCGCUACAGCUAUGAUGAUUCCUAUUAUUGAAACAGUUCUCGUUGAAUUAGAAGCGCAAGGUCUCGGUGACAUGUUUGUGUUUGAUGAUACGUCUAUUAAUCAAUCAGCAAAUCAUGAUGAAAGAUCAAAAAAACCAACACGCAGUACAAUGGUGUAUUAUUUGUCGGCAUCGUAUGCGUCUAGUAUUGGUGGGAUUGGUACCAUCGUUGGAAGUGGGGUUAAUUUAACCCUGAAAGGAUUAUACGAAGAACGAUUCAGCGAUGGUCCGGGAAUAAAUUUCGCUUCUUGGAUGUUUUAUUCCGUGCCACCGAUGCUAAUUAUGGGCUUCUUCACGUGGCUUUGGCUUCAAGUUAUGUACAUGGGACUUUUUAGGCCAAAGAGUGAAGACGCACGUGCCAUAAAUAUCGGCGAGGAAGGCGAAAAAGUUGCUAAAGCAGUUAUUGAUAAAAGAUACAGAGAUCUUGGGCCUGUUACGUGGUAUGAAUCCAUCGUCGGUUUUCUUUUUCUUUUAGUUGUUCUCCUUUGGUUCUUUAGAAAACCUGGAUUCGUGCGAGGCUGGCCUACUUACAUUACAGACCUACCAAUCAAAGACUCAACGGCCGUUGUUGGAAUAAUUAUUUUACUAUUUAUAAUACCGUCAAAACUAGACUUUCUUCGGGCGUUUGACAAAGAUCCGAGUAAACGACCGACAAAACCAUCAUCUGCAUUAAUUGACUGGAAAACUAUCCAUCAAAAAAUGCACUGGAGUUUGAUUUUUGUUCUUGGUGGUGGAUUUGCUAUCGCUAUUGGCAGUAAAGACACGGGACUAUCUAAAAUGCUUGGAGACAAACUCGGACAUCUAAAAAAUGUUGAUCCAUUAAUUACGUUAUUUAUUGUUUGCUUGUUUGCUGAAAUAGUCACGGAAUUGACAGCCAAUGUCGCGGUUGCCAAUAUCAUUGUUCCGGUUUUAGCUGAAAUGUGUGUCUCGAUGAAAGUUCACCCGCUGUACAUGAUGCUGCCAGUUGCUCUGUGCUGCUCGUUUUCAUUCCACUUGCCAGUCGGUACACCACCAAAUGCAAUUGUCAGUGCCGCUGGGCACAUCAGAACUAAAGACUUUAUUAUCGCUGGAAUAGGUCCAUCAUUGAUAACUCUAAUAAUCACAUGUUUGUCAUGGAGUACGUGGGGUGUUUAUGUAUUUGAUUUACAUGAAUUCCCUUCAUGGGCUCAUACAAAAUAAUAUUUUCUUUCCCUAAAAGUAUUAAUUAAUAUCUAAUGCACUGACAUAAUAUUCAUAAAUAAUGUACAUCAAUCUCGAUAAUUAUAUUUUUGUUGAAAAAAAUUUAUUACUCCUAAUCAUUGUCUCCUUAUCAAUCAGACACUUGUUUACUUAUUUUUAAUCU